AUGUUCACCGCCGAAAAAUUCGACGAAUCAGUAGCCGAUCGAUCCAAAUUCAAGACAACAUAUGAAGAAACUACUUUGCUUGAGCCCGAAGGUGUACAAGAACAGAUUGAUGCUUUGGUAGCUACACAUAAAGGAGCUCGAGCGUUUGUUAGACCAUCAGGAACUGAAAACAUUGUUCGUGUGUAUGCGGAAGCUCAUACCGCGGAAGAUGCUGCAGCACUCGCAAAUGAUGUAGCGAACCUGAUUAAAGGAUUGAAAACAUCAGAGUUUUAA